GUGAGGCCUGAUGUAAACACCAGAGCAGGGCGUCAAGGCCCGGGAGGUCAGAAAGCCGGGCCGCGGGCGGCACCGAGAACUGGAGCUGGGAUCGGGGACGCACAGUGUUCAGGGAAGUAAUCCUGGACCAUGACUCAGCAGCCACUUCGAGGUGUGACCAGUCUGCGUUUCAACCAAGACCAAAGCUGCUUUUGCUGCGCUAUGGAGACAGGUGUGCGCAUCUACAACGUGGAGCCAUUGAUGGAGAAGGGGCAUCUGGACCAUGAGCAGGUGGGCAGCAUGGGCCUGGUGGAAAUGCUGCACCGCUCCAACCUGUUGGCCCUGGUGGGCGGUGGUAGCAGCCCCAAGUUCUCAGAGAUCUCAGUGCUGAUCUGGGACGAUGCCCGGGAGGGCAAGGACUCCAAGGACAAGCUGGUGCUGGAGUUCACCUUCACCAAGCCAGUGCUGGCUGUGCGCAUGCGCCAUGACAAAAUCGUGAUCGUGCUGAAGAACCGCAUCUAUGUAUACUCCUUCCCUGACAAUCCCCGAAAGCUGUUUGAAUUUGACACCCGGGACAACCCCAAGGGGCUCUGUGACCUCUGCCCCAGCCUGGAGAAACAACUGCUAGUGUUUCCAGGACACAAGUGCGGGAGCCUACAACUUAUGGACCUGGCAAGCACAAAGCCUGGCACUUCAUCUGCUCCAUUUACCAUCAAUGCACAUCAGAGUGACGUGGCCUGUGUGUCUCUGAACCAGCCAGGCACGGUAGUGGCCUCGGCCUCUCAGAAGGGCACACUUAUUCGCCUUUUUGACACACAGUCCAAGGAGAAACUGGUGGAAUUGCGUCGAGGCACCGACCCUGCCACCCUCUACUGCAUCAACUUUAGCCAUGAUUCCUCCUUCCUGUGUGCAUCCAGUGAUAAGGGCACAGUCCAUAUCUUUGCUCUCAAGGAUACCCGCCUCAACCGCCGUUCUGCCCAUCUGUGUAGAUGGGACCUUCCACAAAUAUGUCUUCACUCCGGAUGGAAACUGCAACCGAGAGGCUUUCGACGUGUACCUUGACAUCUGUGAUGAUGAUGACUUUUAAGGACCCUGUGGGUUGUGCUAGGGACCUUCAAUGGCAGAUUGCAAAGCCUGUGUGGGGGUGGGAGUGCUGUGGAAGCGCCACCCAGGAUACAUUAAUGGAGCGGGUGCCCACUUUGCACUCUUAAGAGCAAUGCCCAAACAGCUCAGUUGCCCCAAGCACUUCCUGAUGACUGUGUGCCUGCAGGGCCAGGCCAGGGACCCAGGGAGACAGUGGACCCCCUGGAGCUCCCAGCCUGAAGAAAACUAUGGACCCAGAGUGGGUACCCUAAUCAAACCUGUGGGGAUUUUUAAAAAACUUCCCAGAAAGAGAUGCUCUCUGAUGUGAUGAAUAUAAAUAAAAGGCCCUUAAUAGUAAAA